AUGAUGAGCGGCCGCCAGUUACUGUUUGCUGCAGUAGUAGCACUCUCCUCCAGCUUGAAUCCUGUUGAAAGUAGACAGGAUCCCUUGCUUCCCUUGUUCGACAGCAUCAUUCGGCUGCCAUUCCUCUCGUCAGCAUCCGAUGCAGAAGUCGAAAGAGGAGUGAACAACAUUCGCGAAGUACUUCAGCCAUUCUUUGAAAAGGCAAAGAAUGCUUCUCAGGCAAGCAUCAUCGCUGAGAAGCCAUCUGCAGAAGAAGCCAACGCUCAUAACGUCACUACAACGACGAACUCCAGUUCAAUUGAUUCCGAACUCGAAUUGUAUCGAUUUCGACUACGAAAGGCGUUAGCUAAGCUUAAAGCUGUCACUAAGAAACAGGGAAAGUACUCCGAACUCAAGAAGGCUGCUCGUAAAGUUUGCUUCAAGGAAGCUAGAGGACCUACGACACGAACAAAGUGCAUGGUGAAGUUGCUUGAAGCCGAGCUCAGUUAUCACAAGUGGAAAAAGGCUCACAGUAAGAAAAAAGAAACAUUGAAGAAGAAAGAUAUCGGCUCAUCUGCCAACCGCGAAACUCGAACGUCAAAGCGCAUGGAAUCACUUAAUCGUCUUCAAGCUUCAGAGGUUAAGAUCUACAAACCGGAUAUGAUCCCGCUUUACCGGAAGGGGAAAUAUCGAGACGUUCAGGAACAGUAUAUCCCCACGGACGACGACGGGAAAAUUGAACUCAGAACGCUCAAAACAAGGAACGACAAACUGAGGACGAACGUUUUACCAUAUCGCUUAUAG